CAAGUUUUCCAUGAGACGAGAGUUUGUGGGUCGAUCGAGGGUGUUCUGACUGAGUUAGGGUUUUAAAAUUUAAGUUUAAUAUAGGACGUGGGAUUAAAAUUAUUCCUUUUGUUUUCGAGAUGGAGUUAUGUUUUGUAUAUGCAUUUAUUAAUCUGUUUUCUAUAUUCAACAGUAUCAGUGGUGAGGCAGUUCAGUUAACAUCACACAACUUCGACAGAUAUGUUUUAAGCCAUGAAUUAGUAUAUCUUAAUUUUUAUGCUGAUUGGUGCAAGUUCAGCCAGAUCUUAGCGCCAAUUUUCAAUGAGGCUGCAGACCGUAUAACAAAAGAAGUUCAAGAACCUGGUAAAAUUCUUUUUGGAAAGGUAGACUGUGAUACAGAAACUAACAUUGCAACCAGAUUUCACAUCACAAAAUACCCAACUCUAAAACUGUUAAGGAAUGGAAAACUCAUGAAAAGGGAAUAUAGGGGUCAACGGUCAGUAGAUGCCAUUACAGAAUUCAUUCGAGACCUCUUAAAAGACCCUGUUGUUGAAAUAAAGGAGCAAAGUGAUUUUGAUAACAUUAAAGAAAGUACAGGGGCAGGGAUAUUGUAUCUCUCUAGUAGAGCUCAUCGUCAAUAUGAAGUGUUUAGAAAAGUGGCCAUGGACCUUCGAGAUGAUUGCCAGUUUUUUGUUGUAACAGGAGACCUAGCUAAAACAGGACCUAAGGAUGAAGGAAGUAUUAUCUUCAAACCUGCUAGGUCAAAGCUUGGUGAAAAUAAUGAAAUAUACUUAGGUGUGUUACUGAGUUAUGACGAACUCAGUGAUUGGAUGACAAAUCGUUGCAUUCCUCUAAUCAGGGAAAUCAACUUUGAAAAUGCUGAGGAACUGACAGAAGAAGGACUGCCUUUCUUAAUCUUAUUCCAUGAUCCUGAGGACAAAGAAAGUGUGAAAAAAUUUACGAAAGAAGUUAGAUCCCAGUUGCUGGGUGACAAGAGUAGCAUCAACUUUGUAACAAGUGAUGGACAUAAAUUCUCACAUCCACUACAUCAUUUAGGCAAAACUCAGAAAGACUUGCCUGUUAUUGCUAUUGAUAGUUUCCGACAUAUGUAUCUUUUUCCUGAAUUCAAUGAUAUAAGUGUUCCAGGAAAGCUUAAACAGUUUGUUGAGGAUUUUUACUCUGGAAAACUACACAGAGAAUUUCACUAUGGUCCUGAAGUAACAACUAGCUCUCAGUCUGACAGUUCCCCAGCCAAUGGGCAGGGGGAGAGACAGAAGGUACAAACUCAUCUACCAGAGUCAACUUUCAGAAAGUUAGCCCCAUCUAGGAACAGAUAUACAAUCUUACAUGAUGAAUUAUGAAGUUGUGAGGAUUUAUUUUUGUUUUGUUGACCAUUCGUUGGAGAUACAGUUAUCAGACAUGGAAGGAAUUUGGUGUUUCUUUCUAAAAAAAAACAAUUAUUAUUUCUGUUUCCAACUAUAAAGCAGUGAUUUCAAGGUUUGUCUAAGCAACAAGGACCAAGUAGAGUUUAAUUAAAAGUACUGCAACUAUAAAUACAAGUUAAAAUUGUGUAAAAAAUAUAAGUUAAAGUGGUAUUACUGAAGUGUUUUCUGUAGUUAAAUUUUUCUAUUUAAGAAAAACAAAUGCAAAAAUGAUAAAAAUCUUGUUUGUAAUUAUAAUUUUUAAAGAUCAUCCAAAACUUGUUCUAAAUGUAUUAUUUUGCAGAGACAAAAAAUAUAAAAGUGUAUUAAGUAUACUUGCUCAAUUUAAAAUAAUUUUACAUUAUAAUAUCAGUCAACAUGCAGAACUUUAUAAACAGAUUUUUUUUUAAUUGAGAUCCAAGUAUUUAUAUUUAUAUGUAUUUUUGGUAAAUGCUAUCACUACAGUUCAUGUUGUUCUCAGAUAAUGCCAGAUCAUGUAUGGGAAUGUUUAUAAAUGGUUUUAUUACAUGGUGGCUAUCAUUUUUGUAAUAAGAUUUUCCUUCAUAGUAAUUAAUUUGGUAUAUCAUGUUCUAGAUACCCAUUUUGUAACUAAAUUUUUACAUUUUUGUUAUUGAGUACUUAAAUUUGGUUUUAAUGUUCCAAGUUUUCCUGUACAUAUCUUGGUGAAUCUCCCGAAAUAAUAAACAACCAUUGUGCUCUACUAGUAUUGUGAAA